AUGACAGAGUCUGAUGUGGAUGUUGACAUUGGGUGGGUUGAUGAUGAUGGUGUUGAUGCAGAUAAUACUCAGCCGGGUUGUGGUCACACUAAAUUGAUGAAGCAUGAUAAUAAUAAGACGACAUUGUCAUCGCUGCCUUCUGGGGCAACGAUAGUGGCGGAUCAUGGGAAUGACGACGGGGGUCUCAUGGAUGACGGUGACGCCGUCGUGACGCUGCGCUGCCCGCUGAGCUACCAGCGUAUACGGCUUGCGGGAAAAGGAAAACACUGCACCCAUCUGGCCUGCUUUGACGUCGUGACGUACCUUGAAUCCUCGCUCCACAGCAGCUCAUGGAACUGCCCCAUCUGCGACGGUGCUGUUUUCGUUCAUGACUUGCGCCUUGACAGAACACUGCAGUCCGCCCUGGACGGGUUGGGUGCUGAAGUGGACACCGUCGUCUUGUUCGGCUCAGGCCACCGUGAGUGGCGGGCCGCAUGCCAAAGGAAAGAGGGCUCCGUGGGCGCAACCGACAACCGUAACAGCUGCGGGAACAAGAGUACAACAAGAGGAGCCCAACGCCUUGGUGGAGAAGGACAGCAGAUGCGGCCGCAGUUGUGUGUUGUUGACGACAGCGAAGAAGAGGGCGCGAGUGGUGGCGACGCGGAGGGUGUCGGCGUGCCGGUGAUGGACGGUGACAGGAAACGUGCUCGCUAUGAAAAGGCUUAA